CAUCAGAGCGUCUCUCGCGGCGGCGCUAUGACAACGGCGGAGCGGGCAGUGGUUUCAGGUUGAAGGAAGAUGUCUUUGUUUAAAGCUCGAGACUGGUGGUCCACAGUUGUAGGAGAGCAGGAAGAAUUUGAUCAAGGAUGCUUGUGUGUGGCUGAUAUUGACAACAGUGGAAAUGACAAAAUUAUUGUUGGCAGUUAUAAGGGAAUUCUGCGUAUCUAUUCUCCACAGCCUGCUAAACCUGGAGCAGCACUUCAUCCAGAAGAGUUAAUCCUAGAGCUUCAACUGCAGGAUCCAAUAUUGCAAGUAGAAGUUGGCAAAUUUGUCUCAGGUACAGAACUACUCCACCUGGCUGUUUUGCAUCCAAGAAAGUUGUCUGUCUAUGCUUUCUCAGGAACUAUGGGUACUGUAGAACAUGGAAACCAGUACCAGCUGAAACUAAUGUACGAACACAAUUUUCAACGUACAGCAUGUAACUUAACAUUUGGAGGUUUUGGUGGUGUGAAAGGUCGAGAUUUAAUUUGCAUUCAGUCUAUGGAUGGAAUGCUGACGUUCUUUGAACAGGAAAGCUUUGCCUUUGGACGGUUCUUGCCUGGUUGUCUUUUGCCAGGCCCGCUGAAAUACAGCUCAAGGACAGACUCCUUCAUUACUGUGUCCUCAAGUCGGCAAGUUGAAAACUAUAAGUACCAGGUGCUAGCUAUUGCCACAGAUGCAGAAUCCAGACAAGAUUCUGAGCAGCAGAAAUUAGGAUCUGGGAAACGAUUAACGAGGGACUGGAUGGUGAACAUAGGUGAACAAGCAUUAGACGUGUGUGUAGUGUCAUUUAAUCAAGCUACAUCCUCAAUAUUAGUACUCGGUGAGAGAAAUCUCUUCUGUUUCAAAGAAAAUGGACAGCUUCGUUUCAUGAAAAAGCUGGAAUACAAUCCAAGCUGCUUCUUACCUUACACCUCAGUGUUGGAAGGAACAAUAAACACUCUCAUUGGGAACCACAAUAACAAGCUGCUGAUAUACCAAGAUGUAACUCUGAAAUGGGUUGCACAGCUUCCUCAUGUUCCUGUGUCUGUACAUGUUGCUAACUUCCAGGACUUGAAGGGAGUAGUGGUGACUUUAAGUGAUGGUGGCCAUUUGCAGUGCUCCUACUUGGGCACAGAUCCUUCCUUCUUCCAGGCUCCAAAAGUGGAAUCCAGGGAGCUGGAUUAUGAUGAAAUGGACACAGAAAUGAAAGAGCUUCUCAAGGUCAUCAAGGAAGCUACAAAAUCACAAGAUAUUUUACACAAGGCUGAAAAAGAUGAUGACUUGAAGGUUGCUGUUUCUGUCUCGCCAAGCCUGGACAUAAUUUCUCAGGCAGCUGACAACACUGUAGACACAGCAGUUCCUUCUAUCUCACUGAAGGUCACAAUUUGGAGCAGAUUUGCUGUUCGGGAUGUGAAACUAUCUGUAUGUGUGCAGUCUCCACUGGCAGUAACACAAGACCAACUUCACUUUGCUGCCAUAGAAUCUGGAAUGUCAAGAAGUGUAACAUUAUCUGUUUUCCUAAAAGAAAACUUCCCACCUGCUGAUCUGGGAGGAGAUGCUGCUGUUUCCUACAGUACACCAACAGGUGUUCCUCGAAUUGUAUGGUGUAUGUUUAGUUUGCCACUGAACUUAAUUUGUCAACCAAUACAACCAUCGAAGAAUGCUGCUCACAAAAUAACAAUUGAUACAAACCAGCCACCUGUAAGUCUGUCGUCAAUCUUUCCAGAUUUUCUUGGAGAAUCAGAUGAUGAGCAGAUAAACGUUUUAGGAUUUAAAUUCCUCUCAGGGGCAACAGUUACACUUCUAGCCUCAAAGACCUCAAGCCGGUACAGAAUCCAAUCUGAUCAAUUUGAAGACCUCUGGCUAAUAACAAAAGAACUUAUUCAGCGUUUAGAAGAAUAUUUUGUGAGGGAAGAAGCCAAAGACUUCAGGUGCAUGUUCCCCGGACCUCUUCCUUUGCAGGAAUACUUUCAACUAAUCGAUCGUCAUUUUGAGUUGCGGAUAAAUGCUGAAAAGUAUAAGGAGCUUCUUUCAGAAAGGGCUGUGCAGUACAGAGCUAUUCAACGCCGACUUUUAACACAUUUCAAAGACAAAACUCCUACACCUCUACGCAACCUGGAUACUUUACUGGAUGGAACAUACCGACAGCUUGCAGCUCUAGCAGAUGCUGCAGAAGAGAAUCAGGCCAACUUGUACCAAGUUUUCACCAGGCUGAAAAGUGGCACCCAUUUAUUCAUCCAAUUGAUUGGCCUGUGGCAAAAUUUGAGCCCUGAUGAGAUGACCAUACUGAAGGCUACAUUUUUACCACUGAUGCAAGAUAGUCAGGAAUUAGGUUGGGAGGAGUGCGUGGAUGUAGCAGUUGCUCAUUUACUGAGGACCUGUCUGUCAAAAAGCUCUAGGGACCAGACGCUGAGCUCGACAUGCCAACUUAGCAUGCCGAAAGAUACCAACAGAUUAAAGAAACAUAUUACCCUACUGUGUGACAGACUGAGCAAAGGAGGUCGGUUGUCUUUAACUACAGAUGGUGCACAGCAGGAAGCUACAAUCUCAGGCUGCCAAACUAUCCCAGAGUCAGAGUUGGAAGAGAGAAUGAAAGAUUCUGCUACAGAUGAAACAUCCCCUGACCAUAAGCACACAAUGCAGAAAUCCCUGAAGUCUGGUCAUUCCCAGGAUGCUACAGAAGAAAGCCCUGCAAUUCCUGAAGACAGAUAGGAACAGACCACCAGCUGGUCUUUGCUUUUCACAGCUUCUGCUUUCCAGUCUCAAGAACAUGCUGUCAGAGCCAAAUCAGACUGCAUAUGUAUGAUCUUCAUAAACGUAACUGUGUAAUGUCCCCUAUCUUGUAUGGUAGCCAAAAUGGAGCUUAUUUAAUAGCUGCUUGGAUUUUGGGAGCUUCCUUUAAGUAGUACUUGAUGUUUCCAAUUUCAAAGAGUUUCUGGGGCCAAAUGUUUUACUACAUUUUCUGACUAUGACUGGAAGAAACACUGAUCCUUUCGAGUACACACAACGGCCACACUGUAGACAAUAUUGCAUUUAAAGUAAACCAUAUUCUACUGGGAAAAUUUUUAUGCUAAGUGUGACUGCCACCAAAAUGGCAUUUGUUAUUUCGACACACCCGUCACCUUAUUUUACUCUUUUUACUUCUGUGACAUUGUGCAUGCCACCGCUACCAUAUUCAAGUUAGAAUUAUACUUUAAUUGUUUGAUGAUCUAACAGUGAUGGAUUUAUUGGCUAUUCUUUAAUAUUACAGGAUUCUCAGGCAUUUUUAGAAAUUGCAAACU